UUUUUAAAUGAUAAAAUAAGCCAAUACUUGUGCACGUACUCAAAAACAAAACUCUAAAUUCCGCCGGAUGAGCUGGGUUAAAGUAAGGUCUCUUGUUGUAUUUUACUUUAGUAGACUUUUUGUUGCUCUUAGAUCCAAUUUUGAACUCAACUUUGUUGUUAUUGACCCUUGGUUUUUCUUUUUUCUUAGUAGUUGAUUCAUUUGUGUGAUCCAUUUUUAUGUUCUGUGGAUAUAAUUGUAGAUGUUGUUAUGUUUUUUGAUGACUUGUGGGACGAGUUGAACCCACGACCGAGCAGUUUGAGCUGUAGCUCAUCGGUUUAGAUGUUGUUAAGUUGGAUUAGAUGUUGAUGCUGAGUUUAGAGAGUGAGUGAGUUUGCACAAGGGAAAUGGGGAAUACUUGUGUUGGACCCAGUGUUUCAAAGAAUGGAUUUUUCGAAUCGGUGUCAGCUGCUAUGUGGCGGUCUAAAGAACCCGAACCUGUCGAAUCUGUGUCAGCUGGUAAGGAACCCGAAUCGCCUUUGCCUGUUCAAAGUAGUCCCCCGCAGGCGCAGCAAGUAGUAAUAGAGAAAGAAGGGUCAGUAAAGGCUAAGAAAAUGAAGAGAGUUUGUAGUGCAGGGCUGAAGGUAGAUUCUGUGUUGCAGACUCAGACUGGUAAUUUGAAGGAGCUGUAUAGCCUGGGGAAGAAACUAGGACAGGGGCAGUUCGGGACGACGUUUCUGUGUGUAGAGAAAGGGACUGGGAAGGAGUAUGCUUGCAAAUCGAUUGCCAAGAGGAAGUUGUUGACGGACGAAGAUGUGGAGGAUGUUCGACGAGAGAUUCAGAUAAUGCACCACUUGGCUGGCCAUCCAAAUGUCAUAUCUAUCAAAGGGGCAUAUGAGGAUGUUGCUGCAAUCCAUGUUGUUAUGGAGCUUUGCGCUGGCGGUGAACUCUUUGAUAGGAUUAUUCAGCGCGGCCAUUACACAGAAAGGCAGGCAGCUGACCUCACUAGGAUCAUUGUUGGAGUGCUCCAGGCUUGCCAUUCCCUUGGCGUUAUGCAUCGAGACCUUAAGCCUGAGAACUUUCUGUUUCUCAAUCACCAAGAGGACUCGCUUCUCAAAACUAUCGACUUUGGCCUAUCAAUCUUCUUUAAGCCAGGAGAAAAAUUUAAUGAUGUUGUUGGCAGUCCAUACUAUGUUGCUCCAGAAGUUCUCAGAAAGCGAUAUGGUCCUGAGGCAGAUGUUUGGAGUGCAGGCGUAAUCGUUUACAUUCUGUUAAGUGGAGUUCCUCCCUUUUGGGCAGAGACCGAGCAGGGAAUUUUUGAACAGGUCCUGCACGGGGAUCUUGACUUUUCAUCAGAUCCCUGGCCUAGUAUCUCAGAAGGGGCUAAGGAUUUAGUCAGGAGAAUGCUUGUGAGAGAUCCAAGGAGGCGCUUAACUGCACAUGAAGUUCUCUGCCACCCAUGGGUGCAGGAAGAUGGUGUAGCUCCUGACAAACCUUUGGACUGUGCUGUGUUAAGUCGCAUGAAACAGUUUUCUGCUAUGAACAAGCUUAAGAAAAUGGCUCUUAGAAUCAUUGCAGAGAGCCUAUCUGAAGAAGAAAUAGCUGGCCUAAAAGAGAUGUUCAAGAUGAUUGAUUCUGACAAUAGUGGUACAAUUAGCUUUGAGGAACUUAAAGCUGGAUUGAAAAGAGUUGGAGCUAACCUCAAGGAGUCUGAAAUUUAUGAUCUCAUGCAAGCAGCGGAUGUUGACAAUAGUGGCACAAUUGAUUACGGAGAGUUUAUAGCAGCAACGUUGCAUCUGAACAAAAUAGAGAGAGAGGAUCAUCUAUUUGCAGCCUUUCAAUACUUUGAUAAGGAUGGAAGUGGCUAUAUUACUCCCGACGAGCUUCAACAAGCUUGUGAGGAAUUUGGUUUAGAAGAUGUUCGUUUGGAAGAAAUGAUUCGAGAAGUUGACCAGGACAAUGACGGGCUCAUAGAUUACAAUGAGUUUGUGGCAAUGAUGCAAAAAGGAAACGUAGGAGGUGGCGGUAGGAAGGGUUUAGAAAAUAGUUUCAGCAUUGGGUUUAGAGAAGCUUUGAAACUCUAGUGUUCUCAUACAUCACCUUCUUGUUCAUUUCUUCUUCUUUAUUGGAAUCACCAAGGUGGUUGUAUAGUAGAUCAAGUUCUAUACAUGGACAAUUUAUUCGAGUUUCUAUUUUGAAGAAACUUAUUUCUUUAGAACCCGAAACAACGCUGGUAAAACAUUUCACCUUCAGAAUGCUCUUGUUUUCACUUGUGUAAAUUGCUAUUUUUGGUUCUCUAUAUUGGACAGUUGAAUUUGUUGUAUUCUUGUA